GCUUUUCUGUACACACACACACACACACACAUACAGCCACACAGUAAAACACAGCAGGCACUUAAAAGCCAACGCCAUGGCGUUUUGACCACCAAUUUCACCCCACAUCCAAAAAAUUACCAUGAACCAUCUCCGUUGACAAACACGCAUUAUCUCACGCGUAAUGGCGAGCGCGCUGCAGAUGAAGCACUCCAGUUUGGAGCACACACGGAAGCGCGUAAUAGAUCCACGACGGAGACAAGCUGCACUCUCAUUCCUCAGCAACAUCUCUCUGGACGGACGACCCGUGCAGGAUGACGGGGAGAAUCAGACCGAGGAUGAGGACAGCUCGAGGACUAGACAGAGCCUGGUUUCUGCAGUGGGCCAGCAGGCAUUGGCCGCGGCAGCGAACCAGGCUCUCAGCAGUGCCCGAGCUGCUGGUUUCAUGGCUGGGAUCACGGGUCCCAGCGCGGCCUCUGCUGCUCCUCCUCCUCCAGCGUGCGGUGCGGAUGCGGAGGGGGAUGUGUACGGCGCUCAGGUGCUCCAGUCCGUGUUCAGCUCCCCCUUUUCAGCAGUUCCACCGGCUACGAGAGGGAGACUCCAGACGUACACUCAGGGAAUCCUGCCUGUGUCCUACACCAGGCAAUCCAGCCAGAACUACUGCUGUCUAGAGGGAGGGCAGAUAGCCAACUCUGCCUUGGAGCUGCAGAGAUCCAGGCGGAGACUAAUAUCCCAGCGUUCUUCACUGGAGACUCUUGAGGAUAUUGAAGAGAACGCCCCUCUACGCAGAUGCCGAACUUUAUCUGGUUCACCUAGGCCAAAGAGUUUCAAGAAGGUCCACUUCAUCAAAAACAUAAGACAACAUGAUAUGCGCAAUGGAAGGAUAGUCCUUAUCAGUGGCAGAAGAUCCUUCUAUAGUGUUUUUUCUGUCCUGCCCUAUCGAGAUUGUAGCCAAACAGGGGAUGUGAAGGCAGAAAGCGGACGCCAGCGACACCCCUCGGGUGGCAUGAGUGCCAAGGAGAUGGUAAUCGGCCUGGAGGGUGUUGAAUUGGGUGCAGAUGGCAAGACAGUGUCAUACACACAGUUCCUGUAUCCAACCAAUGUCCUGGGUCGUCGAAACACCAUUGACUCCACGUCCUCUUUCUCUCAGUCUCGCAAUGCCAGCCACCGCAGCCUCAGCCUGGCACGUGCCAACAGUAACCAGAGUAGCCUUGAUACAGGGAAUGAACUGGGAGAUUUAAGGGAGUACGACCCAAAUCUUCUGGAUGACCCGCAAUGGCCAUGUGGAAAGCACAAAAGAGUGCUUAUCUUUCCCUCGUACAUGACCACAGUCAUUGAGUAUGUCAAACCCUCUGACCUGAAGAAGGACAUGAAUGAGACUUUUAAGGAGAAGUUCCCUCACAUUCGUCUAACACUGAGCAAGAUCAGAAGCCUGAAGCGAGAGAUCCGUAAACUAGCUCAGGAUGAGUGCAGCUAUGAGGAGUCCACGGUGGCCAUGGCCUUCGUUUACUUUGAGAAGCUGGUGCUCCAGGGUAAACUCAACAAACAGAACCGAAAACUCUGCGCCGGUGCCUGUGUCCUGCUCGCAGCAAAGAUAGGAGGAGAUCUAAAGAAACACGAAGUCAAACACCUGAUUGACAAACUGGAGGAGAGGUUUAGGGUGAACCGUCGAGAGCUGAUCGCCUUUGAGUUCCCUGUUCUGGUGGCCCUAGAGUUCAACCUGCAUCUCCCUGAGCACGAGGUCAUGCCCCAUUAUAGACGCCUCCUGCAAAACUCCUAGCGACAGCCCCCAUCAGGGGAGCCCUCUUUCUCUCCUGAUCUUCUCACCCCUAUGCACAUCGCCAACGUCCACUAUCAUCUCCAGAUGUUGGAAAGAAGACACUAUUCCACUGUUCUCUUUUCAGCCAAAGUGACAACUCCAUAUCAAACUUUUUUCACUCUAAGAAGCUACUUUCUAAAGGGAAUAGCUUUUCCUAGACUGUUGAUUUCGCCAUUCACUUAAGACAUUUUAAGUGUUCAUUUAUUUUCCAACUUACAGGUGUUAAAGCUCAAGUGUUAAAAGGAAUAGUGAAAAUUGUCAUCAUUUGCUCACCCCCGUUAUUCUACACUAGUAUGCUGUUGUUUUUUUCCAUGAAACACAAAAGCAGAACUUUUUAAGAAGCUUUAUGUUGUUCUUUUCCAUGCAAUGAGUUACAAGCUCCAUUACAAGCUCCAAAAAAAAAAAAAAACACCAUGAAAUUGGUCCAUUCAUCUUGUGCCCUAUGUUCCAAGCCUUCUGAAGCCAUACAAUAAUUUUUUGUGAGAAUACUGAAAUUUCAAAGCGAUGGUUCACCCAAAAAUGAAAACUAUUCUAAACCUGUAUGACUUAUGACAGAAGACAUUUUUCAAACUAUCAACUUUUGCAUUCCAAAGAGGAAGGAAAGUCAUACAGGUUUGGAAUUACAUGAGGGUGAGCAUUUUUGGGUGAACUGUCCCUUUAUUUGUUAUUUGCUGAAAAUCUCUACUGAAAAAACUUUGAAUCCUUUGUUGUGUUUCAUGUAAAUAAGAACUGCAUACUGGCUGGAAUGACAUUGAGUAAAACAAGUUGAGGUUGAGUAAAUGAUGACAGAAAUUUCAUUUUUGGAUGAACUAUUCACAAGAACUGUAAUUUUUUUUAAUGCGGAACAAGAUUGGACUGUUUGAUUUUUGCAUUCUUUCCACAGAUUACAGUAUUCCUGUAUUUUUCCAUUCUUCACAUCUUCCUUAAUCCCAAAGUUUGACACUCUGCCAAAUCUAACUAGUUUCACUGCACUCAAUCGUUCUUGUUUGAAAGCCUUAAAAAAAAAAAAAAAAAAAGUCGAAUGAUCCUGAACUCGCGCAAGUAUGUGACUGUUCUUCGCUGAUGUUUCCUUAUGUACUACAAGUGCACUUUUCAGGUUUUGUGUAUGGCAGACCUUUUUGGCAUCUGCAGAAGCUCUAGGUAGAGGGGUCAUCUCAUUUCUCAUUUAAAUUCAUUUCAGCCAGCAUUCCCUCGAUUCGUGUUACCGCCAAGCAAAAAUAUGUUGCAGUGGUAUCUCCAGUGGGACUUUUCUACAGUUCUUAAGGGGUACAUUUACGUACCCCUGUCGAUUUUUCUACCAUUGUGCAUUGACUUUGACAGUUUAGUGGUGUGGCUUGCUGCACUUAUGGUUACUGUGUCCGUGCUCUAUGUUAGAGUGUAUUCUGAGCACAUUUGUAGUGCUACACUGUAUGAAGCAACAUCAGGUCAUACCGCUGAUAAUCAAUGCUAACUGUUUGGCCUGACUAGGCCUAGCAGUGGCAGGAAUGAAAUCUGUAUGACUAAUAUGCUACGGUGUUGACUAAUGCAUGUACACCAAAGCAGUGUUAAACUUGCGUUUGACUUGUAAACGCUACUUUUUAAAAAUGAUUGAUUUGAUGAUUAUUUUGAAUCCAUUUCCUCUGAACCAGAUAUUGGUUAUCACCGUUGGUGGUACAGAAUUGUGUGUAAGCUGAAUUUUAUCUCUCAGCGCACAGUUUGUGUUACUACAUUCAUAAUCCUGUAUGUUUAUUAUGUUCACUAUGCACUACGCAGUUCCAUAAAUCAGUUAUAAACAACAGUUCGAGAUUGAUGCAAAAUAAAAUAAUUUGAGUUGAGUAUCUAAUAGCAGAAGGAAUUAAACACUUUUAGAACAGUAACUUGCAUUUAACCACUUAAUUCUAAAAUGAAUAAUGCCUAGAAUGUGAAGAGUUAUAAAAGAAAGAACAAAAUUUGGCCUUGUGAAAUGCACUUUAGGAUUGUUAGCAAGUGACUGGGAUGGAUGCCUACAACCGAUGAAACAUUUGUACAAUGCAGAUACAUUUGUGUAAAUAUGCUGCUUUGCUUGUUCAAUAAAAAGCUAAAUUUUGAGGAA